AAGGAAAUCACAUGAUUGUUUUGUAGCCGAGACGAACUCAUAGUACGUCGAUAGAAACGCAGCAGUGGUCUUAAUGCUGGUCAAAGCGCUGCACAGCACAGCCGAGCUGCGCAUCUAUUCGCAGUAUUACGGUAAAGCGUUAAACCAAUACGGAAAAGCUUGAGCUGACUGGGAUCAGAUUAAUCGUGUGGUGUCAGUUUUGGUUUAAAAGAUGUCUUUUCGUAAUAUUUACAAAGAAGCACUAGUCGGAUCCAUCACACUGGGAGUCGUUUUAGUCGCUGGUUAUUUCUUAGGGAAAAAGAAAUCCUCCAGAAUGAGCAUCUUUAAAAGUCACUGCGAGGGAAAAGACAACCCACUGAUGCAGUACGUCCUCAAUAACUCCAUGAGGGAGCAUCCGGCCCUGAAGAAACUCAGACUGAGGACGAUGGAACACUCCUGGAACAUCAUGAUGGUCGCCUGCGAGCAGUCGCAGUUCAUGGCCAAUCUGGCAAAACUAAUCAAAACCAAGAAAGCAUUAGAGAUUGGAGUGUACACAGGUUACAACACACUGAGCAUUGCACUGACUUUGCCUGACGAUGGCGUUAUAGUGGCAUGUGAUGUCAGCGAAGACUACACCAACAUUGGCAAACCCUUCUGGAAAGAGGCUGGAGUCGAACAGAAAAUUGAUCUACGCAUACAGCCAGCACUGAAAACUCUAGAGGAUCUCUUGUCAGAUGGCCAGGCUGAAACAUUUGACUUUGUCUUCAUCGAUGCAGACAAAGUUAGCUAUGACAACUACUACGAAAAGUCUCUGCAACUGUUGAGGAAAGGGGGCGUCAUUGCCAUCGACAAUGUGCUGUGGGGUGGAAAGGUGGUGAAUCCGACCCCUGACGACGAAGACACUCUGGCCAUCGACAAGCUGAACAAGAAGUUGCACCGAGAUGCUCGAAUCAACCUGAGCAUGCUCACAAUUGGAGAUGGGCUCACACUCGCUAUCAAAUUAUAGGACAGAUAUGUGUGCAAUGAUUCAUAGGCUGUGGAAGGUAACUCUGGGAUACUGUAUAUCCUUUUAAAGUUAGGUGAACUAUUAUGAAAUAUGUAUUACUUCACAAAUAUUGAAUGAAAUAGUGAAGAAAUUUGAUUAAAAAACAAAACAUUCCA